GCCUGGGUGCGGUUGCCAAGCGACGGCGUCCGCACCCACGGCCUGAGGCGCCGCCGCGGCUCUGGCCGGGGGGCCUGGGAGAGUGACCAUGUCCGUCCCCUUCUCCACCACCAGCGUGAGGGUGCCUGCCGGCUUCCAGAACCUGCUGGAGGGGCUGGUGCGGGAAGUGCUGCGGGAGCAGCCCGGAGAUGUGGUGGCCUUUGCGGCUCAGCACUUCCAAAGGCUGCUGGAGCAGAGAGAGGCUGGUGCCGUUGACCCGGUGGCGUGGGGAGCCCUGCUGGAGGACCACCGCCUCACCUGGCCCCCUUCCCAGGAGCCGAAGGAGGCCAAGGACACGGAGGCAGCACCAGGGGGAGCAGACAGCACCCAGAGCACCGACACACUGUGAUUCCACCCCAAAAUGCACAGAGAGGCACCCGGGGGGAGCCCAUUCCCAUAACCUUCGUGAACCAGGACACCUCCCCAGUGACCCGACCCCAGUGCUUGCCCCAAAUCCCCCAUUUCCCACCAUCUGACCCCAAACCAAACAAAAAAACCCCCCUCCAUCCCACACCAACUCCUGCCCUUCUCCUGGGGCCUCCCAUCCCACCCCUGCAGCGCUGAUUUAAUGAGGACUUUUAUUAAUGAGGUCCUGACCGUUAUUAGCGCUUCUCACCUGAGAUUUCUCCCCGAAAACUCCUGGGUUUGGGGCUGAGCUGAGCACGGGUUGAUAUUUUUAGCCUCUAUAUUUAGGCCCCUGCAUCCCUGGAGGUUGGAAGAAACUUAAUAACAUCCCGGCGUGAAGAAAUGAUGUGACAUUGCUCCUCUCCUACUCAACUCCAAGAGCUCAGAUGCCUCCAUGGAAUUUUGGGGAUUUCUUAACAGCUCAGUGCCAACCAUCUCAAACCACAACUGUGGGAUGUUCCCGCCACGUCUUGCCCAGCUGCGAUUGCCCGUCCUCCUCCCCUCCCGAAAUCUGAGUUGUUCCCUUGGAAUUCAGGUUUUGGAGGUGCUGGAGCACCUGGAAAAGCAUCACCCGGAUGAAGGGGCCCAGGGAGGAAAAACGCAGAGCCUGGAACGGGCUCAAACCCCGCCGUUAAUGAUUAGAAAUGUUCUGGCAUUUCACGUCCCUCCUCCGCAGCCUCAGCCUGCAGGAGACGGCGGCGCUCGGCGGCUCUGCCAGGACCGGGGGGCCACGGCUGGAGCGGAUUUUGGGGACUAAUUGAGGGACUAAUCCUAAUUUUGGGGCUAAUUUCCCAGAUCCUUGAUGGAUGAAUCACCCCGAAAACCCUUCCCGCUUCACUCCCCCCAAACUCCCUGUCUCCUCUGAUCGGAGCAGGCAGCGAUGGACCUGCAGGGUCUAAGGAAACAGGGAAAAGGAUCCCAGCAGAGCUGCUGAGGCUUGUCCUGGAAGCUGGAGUGGGGUUUUCUGGAGCAGAGCUAUUCCCCACGCUAUUCCCCACACCCCCAGCCACGCUGGUGGGAAGAGGUGGCGGUGGAAGAGCGUCUCCAGCAGGGAGUGCCAGCAGCUGGUGGAAGAAUUGAGAGAUGCUUUAGAGCAUGUCCUGGAGGGGGAUUUGUGUGCCUGGUCCUGCGAGGGUGGGGGUGACCCCUAUCAGCCUCCAAGUGUGGGUGAAGUGGUCAAGGUGGGGGGCAGGGAUGGGAUGUGCCUGGGAUGAG